AUGGGCACCACUCAAAAAAGCAUGGUAGAGUUUCGUGCAUUUCUCUCGUCCAUCUCUCCGAGUUUCACCUUUGCGACCUACCAUCUCCUCGACAACAACUGUAACAACUUUACGGAUCAAUGCUGCCGCUUCCUCGUCGGAAAGAGCAUACCGCAGUAUAUUUUGGAUUUGCCCGCAGAGGCCAUGAACUCUGCACUCGGUCCUAUGCUUCGCCCUGUCAUUGAGCAAAUGCAAGGUGCAAUACAACAACAGAGUGUUGGACAUGAGGUACAGCUCAACGGAUCUUCAGCUGCCGGAGCAUCAACCAGGCCACCCCUCCCUACUACGUCCAGAGCCGUCCCUACAUCACCAUCGCGGCAAUACUGGGCAAGCCCAGUAACCCUUGCUCAUGGGGAUCGCAGCGUUAUCACAUCUAAGCUAAAGGAAUUCGUCCCGACGUACAACGCAUAUGAGCAGACGCUUAUCGAGUUAAGUCUCGCCGUGUCACCCCACAAGUCUUUCCCAGCCUUAGACUUGGUGCGUAUCGACGUGGCAGAAAAGGAGACUGUAGCAGAAGAAUUUGUGGGUCACCUCCAGCAAUUGGCUAACCGCUUCAUUCUGAAUGUGGACAUUCCUUUCCCGGCGUGCAUGAUGACAUUGCGUGGAGCGGUCAAUGUAUUCAAGCACGCGUCCCCCACUGCAAAGCUGUGUCAAGAAGGGUCUAUCGAAACUCUCGUUGAAUGUGUUGUAGAGGCUCUGACUAGAGAAAACGCCAAUGUUCGCAAAACCGCCGCAGUUCUAGCACUUAACCUAGCGGGUGCUCACCGCCGAAACGGCAAAGUUGCAAAACUGGGGGAAAACAAUUCGACCCUUCUUAUAUAUUCAAUAGUUCAACGGCUGGCUUCCGAAGAGCCACCACAGCAUAACGAAGCGAGACCACUAUUAUCGGCUUUGAUUGUGCUUGUGGAUGGAGACCCGGACGCAUUGGUCCUUGUCAAAACGUUUGGGCUUGACUUGGAAGCGUAUCAAAAUUCAAAAACAUGUCCUGAUCAAACCACUAGAACAACCGCCUCCGAGCUGGCCAAGCUUCUUGCGGCAGGGUAGCAGUCUCGAAAGAAGCCAGUGCAUCAGUGAGUCGACAUUCCCGCGCCGCGCAGAGUCGGACAUUUGUGCAUGCAGUGCACACCGUCUUCAUCUGCGACAGGGAAUGUUAAUUCGGGCUUGCUUGAACCUUGUACUUUAUGUUCGUGUAUAUGACUUCGGAUGACAUCGCGACGGUAAGUCUCAGCGCACCGAAAAUAUUGUAGAAAGAUGUAGCACGAAAGAUUACAAAUGUCAGUCAUCUUUACUUGAAGCCAAAAGCUUUUGCCA